AUGUCUGAAGUAUCUUCAACCGUGCCGCCUAAUUCUCAGUCGGCGAACAACUCCACUGCCGCGCCAUCACUCAAUCUCCAGCUGAGUCUUCAACCCAUGAACCACUCUUUCACGGUCAAGCUUCAAUCAAGGGCCAAUUAUCCAGUGUCGAGAUUGCAGAUUACUCCGCUGCUUAAUAUGUUCAAGCUUUUCGGCAUUGUCGACGGUUUGGAACCAGCCUCGCCGCAUUUCCUCCCUCCUGCCAGUGAAGCACCGUCUCAACCAAACCAUGCCUUCGAUGUGUGGCAUCAGAAGGACCAGAUGGUCUUCUCCUGGAUCCUCUUCUUUGUCACCGACGAAAUCUUCCCCGCGAUUCAGGGAGCCACGACUUCAGCAGCUGCGUGGUCUGCAAUCCAAAAGGGAUACGGGACUCUUUCCUACACCCAUCAGACUCCAUUGAUGCUUGAAUUCCAUACCCUUCAGAAAGGAGAUCAAUCCAUGUCUUCUCUUCUUCAUAAAGCCAAGGGAACUGUCGAUUCCCUCAAUCUUACUGGUCAUCAAAUUUCGGUGGCUGAAUUCAACGCCAUUAUUUUUCGCAAACUUGGGAGUGAAUUUAAUGGCAUUAUUGGUGCCUUGCAAUAG